GGUCCAAUUUUGGUGUUCCAUUUUCAACCACGAGCCAACCCUACUCGUCCUUUCCACUUUCCCAUUCACACACGGAUAAAAAUCCUGUUUUAUUCUUCACACAGGUCACAGGUGUCUGCCUCAUCUCGUCUCCUUUACUUCAUAAAACCCCAGUUGCCGUUGCGGUAGGGGUUGUCUUGCUUUACGCUCAAAUCUGAGAAAUAUUGAUCAAAGCAUGCCAGCUUCAAAAACCCAUCUCAGACUCAUAGAUCUCUUACUAAGGAUCUCCGUGAUACCUCUCAGUGUUGCAUCCAUAUGGCUUACUGUAACCAACAAACAGUUCAGCGAUAACUAUGGGAGGCUGGAGUUCAGCAACUUCACUGGCCUCAAGUACAUGGUCUGCAUCAAUGCCAUCUCUGCUGGUUAUUCCCUUCUGGCUGUUAUUUCUUCAUGGCUCAAAUGUCUGUUAACUAAAGCUUGGUUCUUCCUUAUCUCAGACCAGGUUCUUAGUUAUCUGAUGGUCACAUCUGCAGCAGCAGUGGUAGAGAUACUGUACUUGGCCUAUAAUGGUGAUAAGAAUAUCUCAUGGAGUGAAGCUUGUAGCUCUUUUGGAUGGUUCUGUAAUAGAGUGAAGGUAGCUUUGGUUCUUCAUGCCAUAGCCCUGUUGUGCUUCUUUGCUUUGUCUUUGAUCUCAGCUUAUAGGAUUUUCAGCAAGUUUGAUCCUCCUUUUGUUCCUUCUAAAGAAGUGGAGAGAGAAAGGGAUUAGAGGAUGGUUCAUGUUGAUGAAUGAUAUGUUGCAGACUGGCUUUUCUUUGGUGUAA